AUGUAUAAUAAUAGCAUAAUAGCACGUAUCUUUUCAUUUUUAUACAUUUUAUUUUGUUAUUUAGCAAAUCCUUGUAUAGAAAGAAAUCAAUUUCAUUGCCGAACAACUAAUGCACAGAGCCAAGAUUUACCUAGUAAAUGCAUCCCAUUUGAAGAGGUGUGUGAUGGAAAGCGCGAUUGUCUAAACGGCGAUGAUGAAGCUGAAGGUCCUCGAUCUAAUUGCACUUUAAUGAAAUGCUCUGAAGAUAAUGGAGGUUGUGAUCAAUCUGACCGUGCAUGUGGUACAUUCCCAGACGUUUCGCCGGCAUCUUCAGUGAGCAUCGCCAUUCUUAGCACCACACAACAACUCGUCAAGGAGACAAGUGAAGCCGAUCCUUUGACCAAACGUGUGCUAAAGAGUUGCGAUAUCUCCCCUUCUGCCAUGGGCUAUUCAGAUUUCAUAUAUCCUCCUAUCACGCCUUCAUUGUCACAAUUUUUUACCGUCACUAUUUAA